ACCCCAGCCGGGAGGCUUCGCCCGGGCCGCAGCGCGGCGGCGGCGGCAGCGGCGGCGGCAACAUCCCUCGGGCCGCCGCUGCUCCGCCCCAUCCCCUCUGUUUUUCUCCGUCAGUCUCCCGCGGCGGCGGCAGCGGCGGGGGCGCGGGCGGAGGCAGCCGCAGCGGCGCGGGCUGCGAUGACUGGUGCCCCCGGCGCGGGUCAGGACUCCAGGUGAGCCUCUGCGCUCGCGAGGGCCGCGACCCCGCCGCCCGGCGCCCCGGCCCCGCCAUGCAUCCCUAGCGGAAGGAGGCGGAGGCGGAGGAGACAGCUCUGCCGCCCACCCCCAUCGCAUUCUCCUCUUCCUUUAUCUCAUUGUUGCCGCGGCUGUUUACGGCAGCGCCGCCUCUGCCCCGGCAUGGGGCGGGCUCCGGGCGCUGCCCUCGGGCCGGCGCUGCUCCCUCGGCUGCCCGGGGACUCCGCCUGACCGUGCGUCUCCCCCUCCUCCUCCCCGCUGGUGCAGCAGCGGCGGGGCCACGCCAGCAUCCCCACCUUCGGAGGCCGCAUGCGGAUUGAGGCGCGGCGCCCGGGGGCUGCGCGGCCCGCGCCCAUCCCGACCUAGGGCAGCGAGCGCACAGCGGGACUCUGCCGGGCGGCAAGAUGGCCAGUAAGACCAAGGCCAGCGAGGCCCUGAAGGUGGUGGCCCGGUGCCGCCCCCUCAGCAGGAAGGAGGAGGCUGCGGGUCACGAGCAGAUCCUGACCAUGGACGUGAAGCUGGGCCAGGUGACCCUGCGGAACCCCCGCGCCGCGCCCGGGGAGCUGCCCAAAACCUUCACCUUCGACGCCGUGUACGAUGCCAGCUCCAAGCAGGCAGACCUGUACGACGAAACCGUGAGGCCCCUCAUAGACUCGGUGCUCCAGGGCUUCAACGGCACCGUGUUUGCCUACGGCCAGACGGGCACCGGCAAGACCUACACCAUGCAGGGCACCUGGGUGGAGCCCGAGCUGCGCGGCGUCAUCCCCAACGCCUUCGAGCACAUCUUCACGCACAUCUCCCGCUCCCAGAACCAGCAGUACCUGGUCCGGGCCUCCUACUUGGAGAUCUACCAGGAGGAGAUCCGGGACCUGCUCUCCAAGGAGCCGGGCAAGAGGCUGGAGCUGAAGGAGAACCCGGAGACCGGCGUCUACAUCAAGGACCUGUCUUCCUUCGUCACCAAGAACGUCAAGGAGAUUGAGCACGUGAUGAACCUGGGGAACCAGGCGCGGGCGGUGGGCAGCACCCACAUGAACGAGCUCAGCUCCCGCUCGCAUGCCAUCUUUGUCAUCACCGUAGAGUGCAGCGAGCGGGGCACUGACGGCCAGGACCACAUCCGUGUGGGCAAGCUCAACCUGGUGGACCUGGCUGGCAGCGAGAGGCAGAACAAGGCAGGCCCCAAUGCAGCCGGGGGGACUGCCGCACCAGCCGCGGGUGGCGGCGGUGGCAGUGGAGGGGGCGGGGGCGGCGGGGCUGGUGGCGGAGAGAGGCCCAAGGAAGCUUCCAAGAUCAACCUCUCGCUGUCAGCCCUGGGCAACGUGAUCGCCGCCCUGGCGGGCAACAGAAGCACCCACAUCCCCUACCGGGACUCCAAGCUGACCCGGCUGCUCCAGGACUCUCUAGGGGGCAAUGCCAAGACCAUCAUGGUGGCCACGCUGGGACCAGCCUCUCACAGCUACGACGAGAGCCUGUCCACCCUGCGCUUUGCCAACCGAGCCAAGAACAUCAAGAACAAGCCCCGGGUGAACGAGGACCCCAAGGACACGCUGCUGCGGGAGUUCCAGGAGGAGAUCGCCCGCCUGAAGGCGCAGCUGGAGAGGAAGGGGAUGCUGGGCAAGCGGCCGCGCAGGAAGAGCGGCCGCAGGAAGAAGGCCGUGUCGGCCCCGGCCGGGUACCCCGAGGGCGCCGUGCCGGAGGCCUGGGUGGCGGAGGACGAGGACGACAGCAACAACAACCACUGCCCGCCGCAGCCCCUCCUGGAGCCGGCCCUGGAGAAGGGCAUGGAGAACUACCUGCAGGAGCAGAAGGAGCGGCUGGAGGAGGAGAAGGCGGCCAUCCAGGACGACCGCAGCCUGCUGAGCGAGGAGAAGCAGAAGCUGCUGGAGGAGAAGGAGAAGAUGCUGGAGGACCUGCGGCGGGAGCAGCAGGCCACAGAGCUGCUCGCCGCCAAGUACAAGGCCAUGGAGAGCAAGCUGCUCAUCGGGGGCAGGAACAUCAUGGAUCACACCAACGAGCAGCAGAAGAUGCUGGAACUCAAGAGGCAGGAGAUUGCCGAGCAGAAACGCCGAGAACGGGAGAUGCAGCAGGAGAUGCUGCUCCGAGACGAGGAGACCAUGGAGCUCCGGGGCACCUACACGUCCCUGCAGCAGGAGGUGGAGGCCAAGACCAAGAAGCUCAAGAAGCUCUACGCCAAGCUGCAGGCGGUGAAGGCGGAGAUCCAGGACCAGCACGACGAGUACAUCCGCGUGCGGCAGGACCUGGAGGAGGCGCAGAACGAGCAGACCCGGGAACUGAAGCUCAAGUACCUGAUCAUCGAGAAUUUCAUCCCCCCCGAGGAGAAGAACAAGAUCAUGAACCGCCUUUUCCUGGACUGCGAGGAGGAGCAGUGGAAGUUCCAGCCGCUGGUGCCAGCUGGAGCCAGUAGCAGCCAGAUGAAGAAGCGGCCAACGUCCGCUGUGGGCUACAAGAGGCCGAUCAGCCAGUAUGCUCGCGUUGCCAUGGCAAUGGGGUCCCACCCCAGGUACCGGGCUGAGAACAUCAUGUUCCUGGAGCUGGACGUGUCCCCGCCAGCCAUCUUUGAGAUGGAAUUCUCCCAAGACCAAGAACAGGACCCUCGCGCGCUUCACAUGGAGCGGCUCAUGCGGUUGGACAGCUUUCUGGAAAGACCGUCCACGUCCAAAGUCCGAAAGUCCAGAUCCUGGUGCCAGAGUCCUCAGCGGCCUCCCCCCUCCUCCGCACACGCCCCGCUGGCCUCGGCUUCUCUGCACCCCUCGACCGUGGCCGACCACGAGUGAGAGCGCCACAGUCAGGUCGCCCAGCAGAUGGACUCCUGGGAUGGGGCAGCCAAGCGCGGCCUGCGGCUUGGUGCGGGUGCGUGCGCGUGUGCGUGCAUGUGCGUGGGUGGAUGUGUGCAGGGGUGGGGAUCCGGCGGGCGGAGCGCCUGCCUGCCGGUCUUCACCUCCUUUAUUUAAUUCAUGUUAUUUAUUCGUGGAGCGCCUUCGUUGGUGUGGGGCAGGGGCCCUCGUCUGCGCUCUGAGGGCCUGCAGCGGUCUGUGCGCCGCCUCCUUUCCCGCUGGCUUCACCGUGCAAGUCGGAUCUGGGCGCCUGCCCGUGCCGCUGCCCCCGAGGGGAAGGGGGCCCGAGUUUCAGCCGACAGGACUUUUCUGCCGCCGCCGCCGCCACCUCCUGCCACGCUGGUGGUGAGCAGUCCCCUGAGCGCUCUGUGGGACUCAGAGACGCUGGGGUGCCCCCCCCCAGGACCGGGGAACAGAGCCCAGCCGUGGCUUCCGGGGGCGCGCGCGGAUGGCCUCUUCCAGCCUUUUGGGCUCUGCUGCAAGGACUGCACUGGCCUCUCCGACACGUAGCACCUGCUCCUCGGCCUUGGCACGGACUCACGGCUGCCCCAGCUGCUUCCUGCUCACCUCCCCACCCCCUGGAUGGGAAUGCCACCUGGGGACCAGCAGGAAAGGCGCUGGCCAUGGAGACAACGCGACAGGCCCAAGGGGUGGCCCUCCUCUGCGCCACAAGCCCCGAGCCAGCUCCGCAGAUCUGAGACAGGGCUCCUUCCUGUUUUCUUCAUUUUCCCCUGCAGCUGCGAGGUCCCAGCUCCCAGUGCGAUGGAUCCAGGUCAUCCUGCCCCUGGCUCCACAAAUAUUCCAACAUCUGUUGCUUGUCCCGCCUGGUUUGGCACAGGAAAAGGAGACCCUGGGCACAAUCCCGGCCAGCUUGCCCUUCCAUGCCCCCGUCUCUGAAUCCCGCUCUGCUGAACACCCGUCCUUUUCUCACCCGUUGUGCACAUUGGUCCCCGGGCUGAUAACCCAGAUGCCUCCGGGAAUCUCCAGUGGUUAUUCCCACCAAAAACAAAGAAGAAAGAAAGUGAAGUUGCACUGACGUAGUUUUCAGGGGUUCAUUCUGGUGGAGGGCAGAGGAGGCAAGGAAGUGAGGAAGGAUUUCAGGGUGCCCUGAUUGGGGGGGGGUCUCUAGUCCCUAGAGGCUGCGGAACGACGUCCUGGGGGGACAGGCACGACAGUGACGGGCGCGCCAGCUGUGGCAGGGCAGGCGGCGGGAGUAUUCUCUUUGCUGGAGGAAACGCUCCCUUCCAGCUCUGAGGCUCGGGCUGCCGUCCCGUCUGCCAUGAUUGCCGGGCCAGAUGGUGCAGCCGCUCGGUUGCCAUUGACUCCGAUUCUCCACGGUUUCGCUCAGAGCCCCUCAGAGGUCGUUUGAGACUCAGGAACAGAUCAGAGGUGGUGGCUGGGGCUGGAGCAGGAGGUGGGAGCAGAAGUGCCCCAGGUGGACACAGGGGACUCGCGGGGCCGUGGGGAGCAGCCCCUGCCACCGGGCUGUUCCGCAUUUGUGGACAGAGCCCAUGUCACCCCACCCAUCACUUGGACACACCGACUUUGCUCUGUCUGGUCACUCGUCUCUCACAGUCUUAGAGCACAACACCCCACCUUCACCACCGGCAGUCCGAGCGCUGGCCCGGCGUUUGGGCGGAGGAGGAGCUCCUGCCUGCAGUUUUGUGUACGUGUGUGCGUGCGUGUGCGUGCGCGUGCGUGUGUUUGUGUGUUUGUUUACCUCCACAGGGGACACUCCACACUCAGCGUAAGAUGUGCUGGGAACAGAGCCACCGAGGGUGGCUGCAUCUCAGUCUCUCUGUCUCUCUCCCUCUCCUUUUGUUGUAUCACGCUUUGGGUUGACAGAAUAAGGGCCUUGAAUAGGACCAAAUUUCCGUGUCUGUUGCUAUGGUCUUUAUUUAGGAUGACAGUUAAAUGCAGUGGCCCCUUCUUGUCACUCUAUACAUACGACUAAAAGGGACACAUGUAAUAUAUAAAUAUAUAUAUAAAGCGUUACUUUCUGUCCCCUCGGCUUAGGAUGGAGGCCUCUCUCGGAGCUGAACUGCACCUGCAGCCGGGUGCGGCCAGCAGCCCACAGGCCCCAGCCCUGAUCAGAUUAACACAGUUGACAAUAAAGGAAUGAGUAUUGUUGCGA